CUCUUAACCGUGAUAUCCCUACUCUCUGAUACCAGUCAGUUAGCCAGCCAGCUAGCCAGCCGGUAGAGCACCAGAGCGGAUACCUACGUGAGGCCCGAGCAGCUCGAAAGCUCAACUCGCGACAGUUGUCGCUCGGUCGCUCUGAAGAAGCCAUCUAGACUUCCACGUGAAGCUACCUCAAGCCAAAGGACUCGAGCUUUCGAAGGGCCACCCUCGCAAGAGAGACUCUCUCGCUCUCGAAGGUUUCUCCGGCGAUCCUCCGACGACUCUUGGAGGAAACUAAUUCAAGGCAACUCUUCAAGAAUUUUCGAUCGUCGAGGGACUCUCAGAGGACUCCGCGAGAAGUCUGUCGAAAGGACCGGAAACCGGAAGGAGACUGUACUUAGUGCGAGAACUAGUUGCAAGGCUUCGGGAUAUUUUCGGAAGGAGGAGAAGAUCGCAGACGAAGUCGAAUAAAGAGUGAUAAAUGGAAGGAGAGAAGGAGAGAAAGAGAGAUGGUGAAUCUAAAGAGCGCCUUGGGCGCUGACGAACUCACCGACAAGAAGGCCGGCCUUCCUCGCGCCCUCCUGGCAGAAUUCUUCGGCACUCUGCUGCUGAACUUUUUCGGCUGCGGCGCUGUAGUGACUGGAAACGUCGUCGCCAUCAGUCUGGCCUUUGGUUUGACGGUGAUGGCAGCGAUUCAAGGAAUAGGUCACGUAUCUGGGGGUCAUGUGAAUCCAGCGGUCACAUUCGGCCUCCUCGUCGUCGGGAAGGUGCCGGUGAUCAGAGGCAUCCUCUACGUCUUGGCGCAAUGUGCGGGUGCCAUAGCGGGAUCAGCAAUUCUGAGGGCACUCUCAUCGGACGGGAUGGAGGACGCCUUAGGGGUUGUGAGCCUCUCCCCCGGGGUCAGCGCUGUCCAAGGAUUCGGCGUGGAGUUCUUCCUCGCCCUGAUCCUGGUGCUGGUUGUUUGCGGCGCGUGCGACGGCGCUAAGCCGGACAGCAAGGGCGUCGCGCCUCUUAUAAUCGGCCUCGCGGUCACCGUCGGCCACAUUGUCGGCGUGCCGCGAACGGGCGCCGGAAUGAACCCGGCGCGUUCAUUGGGCAGCGCCGUGGUGAUGGGCGCUUUCAAAGACCACUGGCUCUACUGGGUAGGCCCGAUCUUGGGCGGCAUCGCUGGCGCGCUGCUCUACGUGCACGCGAUCGGACCCGCCAAGGAGCCGGAAGUGCCCGCCAGGACCUACGCCUCCGUCGCCACCGACGAGAAGGAGCUCCAGAAUCUUAGCAGCAGGAAAAACGUCAAUCCCGCUUGACGCCCGCUAAACGCCGAUUUUAACUACCUACCAGCCAGCUCGCCAAAAUAUCUUAUCGAUAACGCGAUGAGAGUUACUCGAGGUGCUUUUAUUACGAGGAAAGAAAGCACUUCCAGGCGCUUCUGUGACAAAAGCUAAAAGUUCGUGGAACUGCAUAGAAAUAAAAUCUUCUUUAUUAAUGAGACGUGCUAACCGUAACGAUGCCGGUUUUCCAUUUUUAUCGCUGUUUAACGAAUUGUUCAGACGUGUCAACAGCCCGAUCACUCACCCGCGAAGACACUUGUUUCAUUGCGCGCAAAAAAUUGGUGAUUAUUUAAAAUCCAAUUGCGAGAUGCUCUCUCCGUCGAUCGCUCCGUAUCGAUUGUUGACGACGACGAAAUCGAGGACGAGCGAUACCGACAAACAGAGAGAAAGCCAAAGAGAGAUUCGUUUUGCGCUAUUGUAAUACUACACGGUGCCGACAUCUCGUGCCACGUGGGCCGACACGUGCAGUCGAUACUGCAGCUGCACGGAGCUGCCGCGAUGCGCCUUUGUAAUUACGUGAUCGCUCGAUCGAACACUCGGGCCCAAAGUCCCACCGCGAUCAAUAACAAUUCGCUUCACUAAACAUCAUGUUGCACAUGCAGUUUUACGUGUUUUGAUACGCGAUAAUACUUAAAUAUAAUUAAAUAUUCAUUACCGCCGUGUGCGCGCAGAUGCGUUUAACUCAAUCGACAUAGGAUCCUUUCGUGUCCUUCCCUUGUGUUCAUUUCAUUUAUUUCUCUCUGUACCUUUAAGAAACACAGGCAUGCGCGAGAAAUAAUUUGUGAAUUUAUUCAUUAAUAUUCGAUUGGAAAGACGCUGCGAAAAUACGCGACUAACUUUCACGUAAUCUUUAAUCCAUCUGCAUAUUUCAUUAAUGCUCGCAGCAAUAUGCAUUUCUCCCAUAAAUGGAAGUAGCGCACAAGUAGUACUGCAUAAAAACAUAUUUGUGUAAUAAUAUAACAGCAGAAUACAUAUAUACAUAUAUAUAUAUAUUAUCAUAAGCGCAAGUUAUGCACAUACGAUGUGUUGUAUGAAAUAAAGUCUAAGUUUUUAUACGAA